AUGGAUUUAAAAGUAUACAGUUCACAAUUUCAUCUAAGCGAUAUUUUAUAUGGUUUCAGGUCAUCAGGUAAUCAAGAAAUUGAUUCAGACUAUAAUCUUAAUUACAUAAAGAAGCAUAAUAAUCAUAGUGAAAGCGCUAUGAAAAAAGAAUUGAAGAAAGCUCAAGAACUACAAAAUUCAAAUUGUACAUCAGACAUGGAUCAAUGUGAAGUAGAAAGGCGUUUAUAUGAAACUGAGACCAAUAAAAUUGAUGAUAACUUGAAUAGUUUAAACAAACCAAAUUCCUCACUUACAUCUAAUCAGUAUAAUAGUAUUGACAACCAUAACUAUUAUAAUGCAUCAACAUCGUCGUUUAAUGCGAAAAUAAGUUACACUAGUGAAGAAUCUAUAAAUAAUUUACCAAAUGCGAAAUCAAAGGAUCAUCAGCGUCAUCUUUGUAAUAAUAAUUUAUAUACAAUACAACUUAGAGAUCAACCUCUAGUUUGCUUAAAUAUGGGUGGUGUUAAACGCUUGUGUUUAGCACAAAUUUCAUCCACACUGUUAAAACAAUAUUCAUAUAAUGAAAUACAUAACAGACGUGUUGCAUUAGGUAUUACAUGCGUUCAGUGUACACCAAGCCAACUAGAGUUAUUAAGGGAAGCUGGUGCGAUGCCUGCAUCAUCAAGACGCUGCGGUACAAUUACGUAUAGAGAAGCUGAAAGAUUGGUCAAAUCGUUUUUAGAUGAACCACAACAUCCUAAACUACCAGAAAAUUUUAUAUUUCAAGUGGUACAUCAUUGUGGAUGGGGAUGCCAAGGUUCUUUUUCACCGUCAAGAUAUACUAGUUCCAGAGCUAAAUGUAUACGUUGUUACAUUUGUCAAAGUUAUUUUUCACCAAAUAAAUUUAUUUUUCAUUGUCAUUCACCAAAAACAAAUGACAAUGUUUCACUGAAAGCAAUGUAUCGUCAUCCAGAUGCGGCAAAUUUCAAUGCGUGGAGACGUCAUUUAUUUUUAAUUGAUCCUAAUCCACCUCUUGAAGUUAUUUAUGCUUGGGAAGAUGUUAAAGCUAUGUUUAAUGGUGGAAAUCGUAAACGUUCCCCCAUAUUUCAUAUUAAUCAGGCAAUGUCAUCACCUACUACCACAACUACUUCUACAAAUAAACAUAGAAGUAUUGAUGAUUCAACAUUUGUGGUAAAUGGCUUAACUAUAAGCAGCACCCACAGUCUGCUAAACGAUUCGAAUUCGAAACAGUAUAGGUUGUAUUCAUGUACAACAAAUUGGAGUGACAGUAUUCACUCAAAUAAUGAAGCAUCAUCGUCGUCCUCAUCAUCACAUGUAUAUGAUUUAGGUAAAUCAGUCAAAACACACAUACAAACAGAUGCUUCCGUACCAACGAAAAGGGCGAAAACAGACUUUAUGAUUGAAAAUAUGAUGAAAAGUCAAUCAUUGAAUAAUACAAAAAAACGUCAAAUUCAUAAAAAAUAUGGGGAAAAUCCAAGAGAAAUACUCGAGGAAUACCCCAAAUUUAUGCUUCAUCUGGAAACUGAUGUUCAAAAUAAUUACACUUCACAGAGUUCCGAUAUUCACCCUGAAAAAGAUUUUGAUAAGACGCAUGAUCAUACAUCUAUUGACUCAAAUGAGAUUAUAAAUUUUAAUCCGUCUAAGCAUUUCAUCAGAAAUUCCAAUACAUUAUCUACAUGCGCUUCACUGGUACCUAAUCAGUCAUAUAUAGAUGGAAAUAUGACAGGAUAUUUUCUAAAUACAUGGCCUUCAAUAUUCUUAUUUAACCAACUGAUGUAUGGUCCACAAUAUUGUACUCAAUUACAAGGAUCCUCAGACUCCGCAAUGUACACUCCAUUUUCAUCUGACUGUAUUCUGAAUUUAAAUAAUUUACAAAGAGGAACAAGUAUAACUAAUCAAAUUGAUACAAAAGUGACUAAUGUUAAUUUAAUUAGUGGUAUCACUGAAAAGUCCUCUUAUGUAAGCCAAAAGGACUUAUUUCAAUCCUCACUAAUCACUUCCAUUUCAGCGUCACAAUAG